CUGAUGUAUAUAUGCAGGUAGCGAGAACCGAGCUAGCCCUGCCGCAGGUAACAAAAUAAAACUGAUUUGGGCAGCAGCAGCUCUUUCUUUUCUGCUCGUGCGUGGGAAUGAGUUGCCAAUCUUUCCCUGCGGCCGACACCUUUAUACCUCUGAAUUCCGACGCUUCUGCAGCUCUGCCUCUGAUAAUGCACCACAGCGCGGCUGAGUGUCUCCCCGGCUCCAACCCCGGCCCCAGCGUGAUGACCACAGUCCCAUCUAUUUUGUCUUUGAUUCGAACUCCUAAAUAUUUGCACAUAUAUUUCCCGGUGACAACAUUGGAAAACACAGCAACAGGAUUGCAUUAUUCUGUUCCUUCUUGCCACUAUGGAAACCAGCCAUCAACCUAUGGAGUGAUGGCAGGUAGUUUAACCCCAUGUCUUUACAAGUUUCCUGACCACACCCUGAGUCAUGGGUUUCCUCCCCUACACCAGCCUCUACUGGCUGAAGACCCCACAGCCUCUGAAUUCAAGCAGGAGCUCAGGCGGAAAAGUAAAUUGGUCGAAGAGCCAAUAGACAUGGACUCUCCAGAAAUCCGAGAACUUGAGAAGUUUGCCAAUGAGUUUAAAAUGAGAAGAAUCAAAUUAGGAUACACCCAGACAAAUGUUGGGGAGGCCCUGGCAGCUGUUCACGGCUCUGAGUUCAGUCAAACAACAAUCUGCAGAUUUGAAAACCUGCAGCUCAGUUUUAAAAACGCGUGCAAGCUGAAAGCAAUACUGUCCAAGUGGCUGGAGGAGGCCGAGCAACUAGGAGCUUUGUACAGUGAAAAAGCGGGAGCAAAUGAAAGGAAAAGGAAACGCAGAACGACUAUAAGCAUUGCAGCUAAAGACGCUCUGGAGAGACACUUCGGAGAGCAGAAUAAACCUUCCUCUCAGGAGAUCCUGCGGAUGGCUGAAGAGCUCAACCUUGAGAAAGAAGUAGUGAGAGUUUGGUUUUGCAACCGAAGGCAGAGAGAAAAGCGGGUGAAAACAAGUCUGAAUCAAAGUCUGUUUUCUAUUUCUAAAGAGCACCUUGAGUGCAGAUAAGGUUUUCUGUCACAUAACAGCCUUUGCCCCCGUUAUGUCCCUUCCUUUUCAUUUCCCAGCAAAAGCAGAAAAGUGACUUAGCUGGAUAAAAAAUACUUUAUA